AUGCUCGGAAACACAAAGGCAGAAGGACUGGGAAGCACAGCAUUCUGGGGCUUCACCCCUGCGAUAAAUCUCCGUGAAUAUUACGAAAUGUUUUUUCAAGACCAUGCUGCCGACUCUAUGAACAUUCUGCUAGUUGGUAGCAGCGACAGCAGACACUUACUUCGAACCAUUUCCGAUCCUUCUGAGUUUCAACGACCGCAUUUUAAUUUCUUUGUUGUCGAUUCUUCACUGGAAAUUUACGCCAGAUAUAUUCUCCAAUUGUAUAUCGCUUUUGAGCACUAUCAUAGAUUUAACCUCCAAGACAAGACAGAGUUAUUCCUCGAGUUGUUCGGAAACACUUUGAUUCGCGAAUACACAGCUACAUACCUCCGCUGUGCAGCGCAAGAGUUUAUCAGAAUUUGCACCAGCUAUGAUUGUGACACACAAUACUCCCCUUUCUUCGAUCUUUCGGCAAUGAAGUUUAAAGAACGGGACGUUCUGGAAUCCAUAUUCAAGUUUUGGCGCGACAAAGAUUCUAAAGCGUUUGACAUAAGCAAAUGCUGGGACAGUCGUCUUCGAAAGCACCUCGGCACACGGUACGACGCAAUACCCAAUGUGUUUGACUGGGAUUGCAGCAUCACCCUCCACGAUCGUCAGGCGAAUCAAAUUGAUUCAGGAGAAUACUCCAAAUGGCGUCGAAUUGGGAUUGCUUUUGAAUUGCGCAAAGCAGAUUACAUCGUGUCCAACCGCAGUUUGGCCUCUGGAAAAUCUUUUAAGACCCCAUCAGGUGAACCGCUUGUGUACUGGGGAUACUGGGGAGAUUUGACGACCUCCCCCUUCAUCACGUUUGGUAUUGACACCAGUAAACUUCCGGAACUACGUCGCCAAGUAAAUGGAAAGAGCGUAUACGGGGCUAAUGUGACUUCCGAAGCAAAUGUUCGUGGCUUAUUGUGGCAAUUACAGCACCAUAGAAAGUGCCCUUUGUCAAUCGCCGCACCAUUCUGCGUUAAACGCGACGAAGAACAGGAUACUCAACAGUCUACACAGGAUGCCGAUGAAAAAGAUCGAGGUUUUGUCUUUGAUUUCAAAGAGGUACAGGAAGAGAAAUGUGCAGAAUCUGCUAGAAACUCAGUGGAAACCAUAUUUCACACGGUACCUUACGCUCGUCUAUCACCACCCAACUCCUUCAGUGUGAAAUAUUUGCCGAUAAACUCCUUCCCGGAUCUACCCACUCGACAUCGUUCUCUGUUCGAGGGUGAAUCAUCUGGCCUGUUAGAUGUGGUGUAUAUUGGAUGUAGCCUAGCCCAUCUGCUGAACAGCCCAAAGCUUCAGAUUCACUCAGAACCCUUGUAUGAGUCAAAGGACAACCAGCGUGAAAAGGUGGUGGACCCAGACAACGGAACGCCCUACGGUGUCAAUGGACUACUCAGUAUCCUCAAAGAGAAAUCAAUGCUUGUUGUUGAGUCAGUUCUCUACCUGGUCGAACUCCGUCCCGCGGAGAUUGAAGCGUACGUUGAGAACAUAACGAGAGCAGCUAAUGCCUUGGGAUUUCAGCCUGCUACAAUGCCGAAGCCUCUGGAGGAUCAUCACUUGUUUUUCGUUCGUCGCGCGACGAAAUGACUCUUAGGGAAAGGUCCUACAAUUCGUGAUAUAAUUCGCAUCUAUUUCGUGAUCAGGUCGCGAUCCAUGAAACUCUUCAAAACGAAGAUUGACUUCUUUUCGGAGCUGCCACUUCUCUUUGGCAGCACUCUGGAUAAAAAUCACCCCUUUUCUUUCGUUUACUGAUAUUUAACCCACAGGUUGUUGUACUACUUAUGCUGUGCUUUCCAU